GCUCUGGCGACGACCACUGGUGACCGGACCACGACCGCAAACUCGUCCCCGACGCAUACCUCGGUUCGUACCUCAAUCACCUACUAUCCUUGACGAUGCUUGAUAGUGCUGUAGACAAGAUGAUCAGUCAUAGCGAGCUAUACAACCUUGCCAACUCGUUGGGCUGUUUGGCGAUGCUCACAGUGGUGGCAUACCACUUCGUCUCAGUGAACGCCCGCCACCUCUCAGCAAAGAGCGGCGAAGCUCCCCGCAGCUCUUGAUGAAGUUGGCGGUAUGUUGAGGCGACACAACUGCUCUGGUAGGUAGCCACCCAUGGACCGUUUGGCUCGGUAUUUGACGCGUCCAUAGUAGGUCGAUGGCUCGAGUUGUCUCACAAUCAUUCGCCGUGCACAGCAAUACUUGGAAGAUACCUGUUAGUUUUUGUGAAGCACCGUGGACUGGCAAGCAGCCUAAUAGAGCCCUCGCCGUGUUGUAUGGACGCUUAGGUGCUUGACCCUUGCCAGAAACCUACGGACCACUCGCGCGCGGCCUUCAGAUGUAUGUUGGAUAUCAGCCUCUAUUAGAUACGUGCAAUCGCCAUCCUAUAUUAUGUAUACGAGCGGCACCCGUACUUUGCGCGUUCAUCCUCCAGUUCGCUUUGCAUUAUUCGCAGGACCUCACAUAUGGACACAAGAGGGUCCACCACGUAAAGUAUCCCUCGGUGGCGCAUUUGUAUACUCUUGACCUCGGAC